GGGGGUGUCAGUUCCGGUCGCGCUUUGUGCAUUUGCAGAUGCGAUGCAUUCUCUUGCACUCCAUUUUAUCCAUCAAUCAAGCUUGUUGUGUUGUCAAUUCAAUAUCGUCCUGGAGCCAUGGCCCAAAAUCGUUUCUUGUUCUUGGGCUUUGGAAAUGCACCAUCCAAGUUCUUUGAAAACGCCCUCUUCCGGCUUCAGCCUCUCUACAAGUAUCACAUCGAUGUGAUACACAGUGGAGACGCCUACGCGGCACUUGAGACCAAGCAUAGCUACGAUGGCCUGUUCUUGUACAACCCCAAAGAAGCUGCGAGCGUAUUGCUGGAUCAGCUGGCAUCCAAACAGUUGAAGUGGGUGCAUUGCUUCACGGCUGGGGUCGAUUCAGUUCUGCGAGAGCCGGAUGUGAAGAAAAGUCAAAUCCCACUCACCAACGUGAGGACAGCGUACAGCGAGCACCUCGCACAGUUUGUUGUGUUUGCGGUUCUUUUCUAUGCCAAGAAAGCCCUCCACUUCCGGAGCUCACAACGUGCCGGACUCUGGGCACCCACCUUUGUGGAGGAUGUGGCCGAGCAGUCGAUCUUAAUUGUGGGUUACGGACACAUAGGCACUGCGUGCGCCAAGAAGCUGAACGGUUUGGGCAUGAAGGUGGUUGGAGUGAAAGCACGUCCUGAAUCUACUUCUGAGGAGAGCAGGCAGUGUGCCCACAUUCAAGAUGUCGCCAAGCUCGAGUCCAUGCUGCCAACAGCUGACUAUGUCUUGAACUUGCUCCCGCUAACUCCUGCUACACGAGACUUCUUUGAUGCCCGCCGCUUCAGCCUCAUGAAGCAGAGUGCGAUCUACAUGAACUUCGGCCGGGGCCAGACCAACAACGAAGAGGACUUGAUCACGUCAUUGAAGACCGGACAAAUCGCAGGGGCUGUCAUAGAUGUAUUCAAGCAAGAGCCUCUUCCUGCAGACAGCGAUUUCUACUCGCUUGAGAAUGUGUUUUUGACACCCCAUUCUGCAGAUGACACUGCAAAUACUCAUGAUUGUGCAGUGCGUGUGUUUGAGGAAAUCUUGCAGAAUUACCUGGAAGGCAAGCCUCUCAAGAACACGGUUGACAAGGAACGUGGCUACUAGAUGCCGGUGAGAGCGGAGCGA